AUGGCUUCUUCCAGCUACAAACCAGCGCAACCGUUACAUUUAAGGCAACUUAAUCAACGAUAUGAUUUGGAUCAUAAAACAAAAAACUUAAAAAUAAGUUUUUCUUCAAAUUUCAAAGAUUCCGUAGAACAAUUGAUAAUUGAAUUUGGCAGAAAAUCGACAAUACAUGGUCUAAAUAGGAUAUUUAAAGAGAACUCCAACAAAUAUGAAAGAAUCUUUUGGCUCAUAACUGUCAUUUACGCCCUACUUGGCUCCAUAUAUAUCUGCAUGAUUCUAUCGCAACGUUUUAAUGCUGGAACCUUUAAAACUGUAGUGAACAGUACCAAUGCUCCCGUAUACAUUCUACCAUUCCCCGAAAUUAGUAUAUGCAAUGCAAAUCAUUUAAAUUGGGAACGUAUAGAAGAGGCCAAACAUCUAUUUUUACCCCAUGAAAAUGAUACCGAGAAAAUUCGCAUGUUUGAAACCGUCAUUAGUCUCUAUGAUAAUGUAAGCUUCGGAGAAUUUUAUCCAUUUUCGGCACUUGAAGGUGAACCUGUGGAACUGGUGAAUCACAUCAAUUUCAGUGCAGUAUUCGAGUUUAUGACCUGGCGUUGCGAGGAGUUUUUAGCGAACUGUACUUGGCGUCAUUUUAAAGUUGAUUGCUGUGAAAUUUUUCAGAGAAUUAGAGGACAAGAAGGUUUAUGUUGGCAUUUUAAUACACUGUCUUCCGAUGAGAGUAGACGCAAACAACUACUGGAUGAUAAAUAUCCCUGGAGAACGGGCAGUGCCGGGCCGAAGAGUGGUUUAACUGUACGGUUGUGGUUGAAUGAGGAUAAACAUUAUCAUCAGGAUAAUGAAAGGGUGGCUGUACUUGAACCGGGAGUUUUUCACCGAGAUCCAUUUUUUGUGCCUGCCACCGAAACAGCAGUAGAAGUGGAGCCAGUAGCUUACUUUUACGAUAAUGGAACAAAAGCUUUAUCGUCUGCUAGGAGAAAGUGUAUAUUCAAUGAUGAAACCAGCCUUUAUGCAUCCACAUCCCUACCUGGAUUUCCUUAUAUGUUGGAAAAUUGCUUCACUCUAUGUUACGAAGAAUAUCUAAUGAGAUACUGUAACUGUACGAUAGAUAUAUUGUUUCCACCAGCUGAAUAUAAUCCCUGCAAAGCUACAGAUUUAUUAUGUUUAGGCAAAAAUGAUGUUUACUUUAAAUUUACUCAUCAAUUCGGGGAAGAGGACUUUAUACACAGUAAUUACAAGGGAAUGGUUUGUAAUUGUGUGCGCAACUGUUAUUCACUCAAUUAUGUGGCGGAUGUUAGACCAUCAUUUUUUCCCGAACAACCACAACGUAGUAGAAUGUAUGUGGAUUUAGAUGUACAUUAUCGUAUCGAAACAAUGUUUGUAUUUCGCACCAGUUUGGUAUUUGGUUGGUUGGACUUAGUGGUGGCUUUUGGUGGCAUUGUAGGUUUAUUUCUCGGCUGUUCCCUAAUCAGUGGCAUGGAAUUGUUGUAUUUUAUUUUGAUUCAAUUUCCCGCUUUUGUAUUUAAGAAAUUAAGAUCGAGAGCAAAAUUGCAUGAUAUUAGUAAUCAAGAUAUUAAUGGUUUACAAUUUAAUAAAAUUCCCCUUAAACGUCGUAAUCGGGGUUUUCAUAAACGUAUAAUGGCUGUGGAGAGUUCUAGAAAUAGUCAUGGGUCUAUUUAUCGAAAUAGUAUGAGCAAGAAGAAUAAUGCAAUGCAGCUUUGGACACGACAAUAUUAUUUGACAAAUAAAUAUAGUUCCUAA